CCAAAGCAGGGUGCUUUUGUUACAGCUGAAGGAAGAGGGAGCCAGUAAAAUGAAAAUACAUAAGGGGGCGAGAUCAUUCCCACCAAGAUUCCGCAAAAUACUAGGCCUUAGGUUCUACAGCAAAUAGACAAGACAUGGAGACCGAGCAGUGACCGUAAAUUGCCCCUAUUAAUGAAUUGCGUUAGAAACGGAGAGGCCUGCAUUCUAAUAUUUUCCCAAGAUUUUUUAUUUUAUCCCUUUUUGUAAUUUGCACAAGGAAGCGCAGAUAUCUGGUGUAUGUGUUUAGAAUGGGACACGCUGAAGGUCCAGCCAGAGAACAGGACAGUUAAGGAUGCAGGAGCACAACAAUGGAUUUCUCCUUUUCUUUCAUGCAAGGGAUCAUGGGAAAUACAAUUCAGCAACCCCCUCAGCUCAUUGACUCAGCCAACAUCCGUCAGGAGGGCGCCUACGACACCGGUAGCGAUGAGGGCGGAGGCCCCUCCUACGACACUGCCCUGGAAGCAGAGUUCUCCUACCCGCCCUCGGCCUCCGAGGACAUGCCCCCAGUCUCCAACGGUUACCCUCCUGGGCUGGGGCUGUACGAGCCCCAGGCCAAGUUCUCCAUGUACCCCCAGUUUCCCAACGGCUCGGCCAACGGCUAUGGGGCCAUCCGGGGCUACGGAGAGCACUGCCUCAUGCCUGGGGAGGGAACGGUCCUGAGGGCACCUGUCCUCCAAGAGAGACCCUGCUCCCCUCUGUCUCCUCCACCUUCACACCACCCACACCCCCACCUCCACCUCCAUCACCCUCAUUAUCACCAUCCUCAUCACUACCACCCUCAACCUCACCCACAUCCCUACCCUCACAGCCCUCUGCCCCUGCCCUCCCAACACCACCUCCCCCCACCACCUCACCUCAUGUCCCACGUUCUCCCCACUCCUCCCCCGUUACUCUUGCCCUCCACCAGCCCUCCCCCCUCCCUCCUGGACAGCACCUCCUCCUCACAUCCCCCUCACACCCCCCCUGCUCCCUCCAGCGGGAUCCUGAAGAAGACCAGCUCUCCAGAGAUCAAACUGAAGAUCAUAAAGACGUACCAGAACGGGAGAGAGCUGUUUGAGUCUGCGCUGUGUGGAGACCUGCUGCAGGAGUCCCAGGCCAGCGAGGACUCCCAGACCCACAGCAGACACGAGACGAAGAAGGAGAAUAGGAAAAAUACAGCCAGUCUGCUGGAGCAAGAAGAAGGGCAGGAGCAAGACCAGGAGCAGCCACAGGGGGGAACUAUAGGGCAGGCCAGGGACAUCCAGACCCACACCCAGGCCCAGACCCAGACCCAGCCACGGGAGCUGCCUGUGGGGCAGACUGAGAAGCCACAGAAGACCCCCAUCAAAGCAGAUCCCAAGGCACCUAAGGUCCAGAAGCAGUACCCUACAGUGAUAACAGGUACAGGUUGCUAUAAGAACCACGAGGUGGGGGACCUGGUGUGGGCCAAAGUGGGUACCUACCCCUGGUGGCCCUGCAUGGUCUCCUGUGACCCCCAGAUGAACGUCCACACACGCAUCAACACCCGAGGUCACAGAGAGUACCAUGUGCAGUUCUUUGGCAGUGUGGCAGAGCGGGCCUGGGUCCAUGAGAAGAGAGUGGUCAUGUACCAGGGAGAACACCAGUUUGAUGAGCUGCAGGCUGAGACUCUACGCAAGACCACCAAGACAGCAGAGAGACACAAGCUGAUGAAGCCCUUCCCCCAGAGAGAGCGUGCUCAGUGGGAGGUGGGCGUCGGCCAUGCAGAGGACGCCUUCCUGAUGACGCAGCAGGAACGCAUCGACAACUAUACCUUCAUCUAUGUCGACCCCGACCCCAACGCCCCCCCGCCCACCAAGAAGACCCCUGUCAGGGCUGCCAGCCGCACCCAAAGCUCCUCCAGCUCAACCAGUAAGAAAGAAGAAGGAGCAGUGACAUCACCGGACCGGGCGGAGCCAGCCAGAAGACAGCCUCGUAGGCAGUGUAGUGUUCCUAAUGCAGACAACCCAGCCGACCUCAAAACCUCGGAGGGAGAAAAGGACCAGCGCGGGGACCCUGGACAGCCCAUCCCCCCAGCCCGGAAGACCCAGUCUGAAGCACGGGGAACCCAGGAGUCCUGUGCCCCGGUACGGGCCUGGAAGACAGCCGCUGCCAGGAAGCUGCUGCCUCUCUCCAUCACAAUGAAGAAACUAAAUGUAAAGAUCACCAAGUGUGACCAAAUGUGGCCUCUGCUAAAAAGGAAGUCCCUGCCCUCACCACAGAGGGAGAGAGAGGUGGAGAGGGAGGACGGAGAGGGCCGGCAGGCCGAUCUGGGAUCUUUUUCAGCAGAGCAGGGCUGUAGAGUUAAGCCAGAACCCAGUCCAGAGGAAGAGGGUGAUGAGGAGAGAAAGGAGAAGGAGGAGAAGAGAAGUGACCAGGAAGCAGCACAGCACACCUCCUCUCCUGGGUCUCAGCAGAGCACCCCACCAGGUUCUCAGGAGCGUAAGCAGCAGCGUAGGUCAGUGAGGAGCAGAUCUGAGUCAGAGAAAGGCUGUGAGGCCGUUCCCAAGAAGAAGACCAAAAAGGAACAGGCUGAGAUGGCUCCUGAGACCACUCUGAGAACAGGCUCACAGAAAGGAGCCAGUGAGAUCUCGGAUGCCUGUAAGCCUCUGAAGAAACGCAGCAGAGCCUCCACAGACGUAGAGAUGGCCUCCUCUCAGUACAGAGACACAUCCGACUCUGACUCUAGAGGCCUCAACGACCCCCAGAGUCUGUUUGGGAAGAGUUUGGACAGCCCAGCAGCAGUAGAUGCCGACGCGUCAGACAGCCAGUCAGUGGAUUCCAGUCUGUCCAGACAAGGAAGCAGCACAGCCAAGAGAGACACUGUCUGCCAGAUCUGUGAGGUGUAUGGAGAGGGUCUGGUGUCGUGUGAGGGGGACUGCUGUCGGCUGUUCCAUCUGGAGUGCCUGGGCCUCACCUUCCUACCUGAGGGCACAUUUACCUGUCUGGAAUGUAGAAACGGCUCUCACUCGUGUUUCAGCUGUAAGACGGGGGGAGGGGAGGUGUUGCGCUGCUCUGUGGUUGGCUGCGGGCGAUAUUACCAUGAUGACUGCGUGCACAAACUCCCUGGCACUGUGGGAGGGGGUACUGGCGGGGGGUUCCACUGCCCCCAACAUACCUGCACCACCUGCUGCCUGGAGAGAGACCUGCACCAAGCUGCCAAAGGACGUAUGAUGCGUUGUCUGCGCUGCCCGGUGGCGUACCACACAGGGGACAGCUGCGUGGCAGCGGGCAGUGUGGUCCUCACCCACCACAUCAUGAUCUGCAGCAGCCAUGGCAUCACCAAGAGGAACGGCCUCCUCUCCUCACCCGUCAACGUGACCUGGUGCUUCCUCUGUGCCCGAGGAGAGAAGCUGCUGUGCUGUGCAUUGUGCCCGGCGUCGUUCCACCCAGAGUGUUUGGAGAUGGAGAUGCCAGAGGGGGCGUGGUCCUGCAGGGAGUGUAGGGCAGGAAAGAAACCCCACUACAAACAGAUCGUCUGGGUCAAACUGGGAAACUACAGGUGGUGGCCAGCGGAGAUCUGUAACCCUCGCCUGGUGCCUCCCAACAUCCAGACGCUCCGUCACGACAUCGGAGAAUUCCCCGUCUUCUUCUUUGGUUCCCAUGACUACUACUGGAUCAACCAGGGCCGUGUGUUCCCCUACGUGGAGAACGACAAGACCCCUGUCACUGGCCAAAUCAACAUCAACAAGACCUUCAAGAAAGCUCUGGAGGAGGCUGCUCGCAGGUUCCAGGAGCUCAAGGCUCAGAGGGAGAGUAGGGAGGCCCUGGAGCAGGAACGCAACUCACGCAAACCCUCACCAUACAAGUUCAUCAAGUCCAACAAGCCAGUGGGAAAGGUGCAGGUGCACAUAGCCGACCUGUCAGAAAUCCCACGAUGCAACUGUAAGCCCACAGACCAACACCCCUGCAGCCUGGACUCCCAAUGUCUCAACCGCAUGCUGCAGUAUGAGUGUCACUCACAGGUGUGUCCAGCAGGUGAUAGCUGUGAGAACCAAUGCUUCUCGAAGCGUCUGUACUCUGAGACAGAAGUCAUUAAGACAGAGGGUUGCGGCUGGGGCCUCAAGACCAACCAGGCCCUCAGGAAGGGAGAUUUUGUGACAGAGUACGUGGGAGAGGUGAUCGAUUCAGAGGAGUGCCAGCAGCGAAUCAAACGCGCUCAUGAGAACCACGUGACCGACUUCUACAUGCUCACUCUCACCAAGGACCGGGUGAUAGAUGCCGGGCCCAAAGGGAACUCCUCUCGCUUCAUUAACCACAGCUGCAGCCCCAACUGUGAGACACAGAAAUGGACUGUCAACGGAGACAUACGCAUAGGCCUCUUCACCCUGUGUGACAUGGAGGCUGGCACUGAGCUGACGUUUAACUAUAAUCUGGACCUUAUGGGUAACAGAAGGUCGUCGUGCCACUGUGGUGCUGAGAACUGCUCUGGCUUCCUGGGGGUGCGGCCUACGAGUGCGGUGGUGAUGGAGAAGGAGGAGAAGGCGAGGAACGCUAAACUGAAGCCCAAGAAGCGUAAGCUGCGACCGGAGGGGAAACACACACAUGAGUACAUCUGUUUCUGCUGUGGAGAGGGAGGAGAGCUGGUCAUGUGUGACAAGAAGGACUGUCCUAAAGCUUACCACCUGCUGUGUCUCAACCUCACCAAACCUCCAUAUGGCCGUUGGGAGUGCCCAUGGCAUGACUGCAGUGUGUGUGGUGUCCUAGCCUCAUCCCUCUGUGACUUCUGCCCUCGCUCCUUCUGCCGGGAACAUGAGGGGGGGGCUCUCAGCCCCUCUACCCUAGAGGGCCGCCCCUGCUGCUCCAACCACAACCCCCUCAGUCCCCUGGGCCCCAACAUCAACCCUGCACACACUCACACACACCCCCCUGGCACGGUCAGCGUCAAAGAGGAGCCACAGGACCCUGAGGAGGAGCACAGCCAGUAGGACUGAGAGUGAAGCUGUCUCAAAUAGCACCCUAAUUCCUAUAUAGUGCACUAGAAAUGUAGCACUAUACCUUUAUGGAAUAGGGUGUGAUUAGAGAUGUGCCCUCAGGUGAGAUAGACCAGAACUGCAGCCACCAGUUACACUUGAGAUUCCCAUGGGCUGAUGUGAGCGGUGAGAGUUGUUCUAUAUCAGAGAUCGGAGCAGAGCUCCUCUGUGUUUAAGGAUAGGGGGAGUGGAGGAGAGGGCAAGGGGAGAUGGAGAGGUGUGCCCAUAGCCCUGCCUUUCUCUCCGGCCGCUGACAUCACCCCAAACACCCAGUGUUUCAGUUUCAACACUUCAUGAUUCUGUCAUUUCUAGAGGCGUGGAAACUCAGUUAGUGUUCUUAUGUUCUUGGUUAAUCAGCACUUUGAAUAACUCAGUGAGGGGGAAGAAGAGUGGGUGUAAACCUCCCUCCAUCAUGCUGCUUUUCUCUUUGUUUACUUCCUGUGAGCUGGGGUUGUUUGGCGCCCGUUGCCAGAGGCCAGGUGCCGUUUCACACCCUUAGAAGGCUUUGCUGUGUGUUGAUGAGACAGCAGAGCCAGGCCCAACACUCCUCUGCAACCCUCAUCACUCCAAACAUGAUCUAUUAUCCCUAUCUAGCUCUCCUUUCACAACGAGAAGAAAAUCAGAUUUGUGCAAUUUUCAGGACUACACACUACAUUCCGACAUUCCUUAUACCGGUUUUUGAUAUACUUAUGAGUAUAGAUGAAUAUAAAUAUAUAUAUAUAUAUAUAUAUAUAUGUAUAUGUUUGUUAAUGUUUACAGACAGAUUAUCUCACUUCAUCUCGGUGAGUGGUGUAUUAUUGUUUGUUUGUUUAGGUGUUUAGCAAUGAGCAGAUCUCCUUGUGAAUAUAGUCCUUCUAAUAAGGUGAAUUAUAAUGGCUUAUAGUGUAAUGGUAUGACAUCACAUCAUCAUUACAUGUAAGAUCCAUUCGCCAGUUCCCCAGUCUCACUCUCCAUUGUGUACAUAAUUGGCUCCUAUUGUAAACCACAGAAGAAGAGGGGAGACAUCAGUGUUAUCCACAGCCCCCUUCACUGUAUAUCUAUGGAAACAGAAAUAGAAAGGCAGUUUAGGAGAGGAAGUUGCAUUUCAUUAAAAUUGAGAGGUUAAGCAGCUUACGUUUGGUGAUGAUUUCCUCCUAAGUGAGUAUUAUACAGAUAUGAUCCCAGUCUGUUUGUACACAGUACUGCAGCCCGCCUAGAGGGAUUCUUAUUUCCAAUACACUGACCUGACAGAUAGGUGGCUGUUCAUUGGCCUUGUGUGCAGUAAUGUAAGUGAUGGUGUGUGUACUGUACUGUGCACUCAAAUGUUUUGUUUUAAAUUGUUCUGCUAAACCUUUUUAAAGCACUUUCACCAUUUAUUGCUACAUACUUUAGGUACGUCAUAACAUACAUGUAUAUAGUAGAACAUAUGACAUUGUACAUGCUUGAAAUGGAUACCUCUUUUCUGUAGUAAUGUUGGAAUUUUAAACUGUAUUGUAACUUCUGCUAUAGGUCCAACGACAUGAUCCAAAUAUCUUUGAGAGACUGAAAACGUUCUCUGACACAAGUUACUGCCGUCCACACUUUCUAUUCUUUGCCCUAGUAGAACGACUAACGCCCUCAUCUUAAUUCAAGGUGUUAAGUACAUUCAGUGGGUAUUUAUUUUCACUUUUUGUAUGACUGUGUGCAUCUCCACAAAUUGGUACAAUGAAAAUAUCAUAUUCUACAAACAUAUACAUGUAUUAUGUAAAGUGUUUUUAAUCUCUCAUCCUCCUAUGACAGAUUUUUACAAUUAUAUCACACCAUUUUUAUACUAGUUGAUUUAUGUAUCAAAAACACCUAUUGGAAAAUCGCUCCCUCCCAAAGUAUUAAGUAACAUAUACUAUGAAACAAUAGGGAGCUUUACAAUUGAUGAUUCUGUGUGUAGUUGUCUAAUACAUUUACCAUGUUUUCUAUUAGUGUAAUGAUUCCACAAUGUUUAACAGCUGCUCAUAUGCCAGGCUGGCUGUGUUGUGACUCUUUACUGAUGUUGAAGCAGUUAAAAGCAAGUGAAAAUUGUGAUGUGAAGUAACCGAGCACUUCAUUCAGCCUAAACUCGCAUUAUCAUGAUAAAACUACAAGAUUAGUCUGAGCCUGUGCUUUCUCUUCUCUGGUACGUUACCGACUGAUUAUGAUUAUGCCCGUAAAACGAUAGCUCACCCAAAAAGUUUGUCAAACGUUUCUAUACCUCUGUUGUUUAGUGUCAAGCUGUCCACAUUCAACGUCUGUCUUAACAAAAUAUAAAUUAGAUUGUGCCAAAAUCUUCUAUUCAUUUCGAAUUGAAGCAUGCUGAAUUCUCCUAAUGCAUAAACCAGGUUAAACUCGACAGAAUGGAAUAUGGACUCAGUUAGACUUAAGUGGAAGUAUGGAAACGUCUAUCAAAUUAGAUUUUAGGGUAAACUAACACUUUAAUAGACAUACUGCUCUCAAACCUGCCAAAUUAUCGUUUUUUUUUUCAGAUAGGUGUUCGAUUUAGAUCAUUUCAGUACUGGUCCGCACAGCGCAGUAUGGGGUGCAUCAAUGCACUUUUCCAUAUUUUUAACAAACUUUUAAAACUUGAAAUAUAUUUCUUUCUUUCUUUACAUUCUUUAUUUUUGUAUUUGUUCAUGUUUUGUACUACAGUGCAAUGUGUUCAAGAACUUCAUGAGUAUUUUACUGAUAACUGAUUUGACAUGGUAGAUGAUAGAUAUUCGGCCUAUUCAGACAAAUUUCAGAUCCUGUACAGGAGUCACUAGUCUCUAACCUUCUCUAACCGUCACUAAGUGAACAUGUAAACCAGACCAUUGUACACUCACCCCAACACACACCAGCAAUUUGUGUAGAACUGCAAACUGCAAACUACCCCUUCCCCUGCAAAACACCCCUUCCAUUCUGAAAGAAGCGCAAAUCUGUUCUGAAUCUGUUCUUUUAUCUGUUGGGGAUAUCUUUUGUAUGCAUUUUUGAAGCUACUUUAUUAUGUUAAAAACAACCACAUGUUAAUGCUCUUUUAUGUCAUUGUAUUGUCUUUUUAUCCUCUUGGUAUCGCACAGAGAUUAUCAAGGCCAAACCAAAUAACCCUUAUUUUUUGCACCUCCUUUUGAACUUACUCACUUUAUGCCAGUUGAACUUGAACACAUCAUUCAGCCUAGUAUAGUCUGAGUGUGUGUUGCAGGUUGUCAUUCUGUUUGUCACCGACAUUAUCGAUUUGACCCAUGUUUAUACAUGAUCAUAUAGUGGCCAUACUUUAGGAAAGACAGUUGGUUCUCACUGAAAGGGAUGUCAGACAGUAGGGUUACGAAGAUUAAGCUAUCAAAGUAUUAUCCAACACAGACUUUGAAAGUGGCCCUCUCUGAGUCAUAUGUUUCUGUUCUACACCUUUCAGUUAUUGUUUAUUUUGUGCAAUACUAGUUGUUAUUUCUGUCAUUACAUGUGAUUGACAUGCUCUCCCAGAUAUUAGGAGGAACAGUGAUUUCAGAAGAACUAAUUUCACCACAGUAAUGUAGUGAAAGUGCUCUGGUGAAUCUGCUGGGGUCGUACCCAAAGCCAUAUAUUUUAGAGAGUUGGGCCAACUUUUAAAAUGUUUAUUAUUGUUCUAAUUCUAGACAUUCAGUUACAUAGCAUUGUUUAUGGCUGCCAUAGAAUAUUGUUGUGUCAUGUAAAAUGCAUCAUAAUGCAGAAACCUCAGUGUCCCAACUCCUAAAUAUAUGGCUCUGGUCGUACCCAUCUCUCGAUGUUGCUUCAAUGAAAAAUUGGAUGAACAAAAAGUUACCAUAUUAUUUUACUGUUCAGCAGCCUGUGUUAUAUUGCAUAAUGUUAAGACUUGUACAUAGAUUGCAUUGAACUUGCAUAGGAUCAUGUUACUGUGGCGUGCUAUUGCCUGUAAAAUGUUGCUUCUAAAUAUGUGUGACUGUGAGGAUGACACUCUUUUUGUACAUGACUGUCUUUUUAUUUCAAACAAUUGAUUCUGUCUUUUCAUUCUAAAUGAGGUUGUGAGGUUGAGUUGGAGCUGAGGAGUUCAGACAUGCCUGAAGUUUGACUUAAAUAAAGCUGUACUGUGUCUCAGUGGAA